AUGCUAAGAUGGUUGCGAUGCGCCGGUGGGCGUGAAUGUUCCAACGGCGCCAGACGGCUACGAGAAUGGAAGGAGUGGGCGGAAAGUCGCCCGGGCGGCUCGCCAGUCGAGAGCGACGAAUUGGCAAUGGUUACACAGGAAUAUGGGCAGAUUGAGGAAAUUGUAGGACUUGGAUCUCAGGAUGUGGUGCUGAUGUCACAUAAGACCUACAAGCCACAGCAUAACUGCUGCUAUGCUCUGAAAAUCUUUUUGCAGGGGCAGAAGCCAAUGCAGUACGAUCAUCGCAGACGAGUGAUAGCAGAGUUCUCAAUUGCAUACUCUCUGCAUCACCCGAAUAUUAUCAAAACAUUCGAUCUCCUACCUUCCUCCGGCGGAGAUCUAUUCUCCUUGACUAUUGCCUCACGUCAACUUCUGCCAAAGGAGUCUGAUUGCUUCUUCAAGCAGCUGGUGUGUGGUGUUCUCUAUCUUCAUGAGGAGCAUAUCGCUCACCGUGAUUUAAAGCUCGAAAAUCUUCUGCUCACCGAUCGCGGCUGUCUCAAGAUCUCCGACUUUGGAAAUGCAGAGUGCUUUCGCAUUUCUCGGAAGGACCGAGUGCAUAUGAGCACCAGAUGUCGUGGUUCAGCACCUUACAUCUCUUCGGAGCAGUAUCUCGAAGAGCCAUUCGAUCCAAGGAAAACAGAUAUAUGGGCUGCGGCUAUUGUUUACAUCGCAAUGCGAGCAGGAAGGAACCCCUGGAAUACAGCGACUGAUCGGGACGAAUGCUUUAAGAGACUACCUCGAGGAGCGAAGGGUUGGGAAGAACAUAGCUGCGAAUUGCUACAUUCUAUGCUAAGUAUCGAUGCUGCGCAUCGACCCGGAGCAGCCGAGUAA